AUGUUUUUCUCAGGUUAUCCCAGGAUUGUAGGCAUGAAAUAUUUCCCAAAUGUAACUACUGUCAUUCUCAUUGGACAAAGUAUUCAAAAGAUUUCAGACCUAGAUUACUGCCUGUUGCUGAAAGACCUGUGGAUUGCUGAAUGCUGUUUAGUGAAAAUAGAUGGUCUACAAAAAUGUGUAAAUUUGCAAAAGCUUUAUCCUUAUUGCAAUGAAAUUUCCAGAAUUGAAAAUUGGGAAGCCCUAACAAAGCUGAAUCUGGAACGUGAAUUGGCCACACUGCAAAUGUUGGGUAAAACAUCACGUAAUAAAUCUCUAAGGAGUAAGAAUCUGGAAACUGAAAAUUCAGUUCAUGAUAAUGAAGAUACAGAAAAAACAUGUCUUGAAAAGUCAUUCUUACAAAAAUAAAAUGCACUGGAGGAAAGAAUAACAUUCCGGAACAGAAAACUGAAUGAAAUUUAAAAAGAUUUCCAAGUGGAAAUGAAGAAGAGUUUUAAUUUGGUAGUACAAUUUUUGUUGAUGGAAUUGGAAACAGUGGGAAACAUUCACUUUGAAGAAGGUUUAUCAAAUAAUCCAUGGUUUAGUUCUUGUUGUUACAUAAUUCAAUCAUGAUUCUGUACCUGGGACUUCAGAGCAUACAGUAUCAUGGGAAUGAAAAUAAAUCACAUCUUUAGAGUGCAUAAUCAAAUUCUGAGGCUGAAAUUUAAGGAGAAAUUUCAAAUAUUUCUAAUCAACCUCCAAGAAAAGAUGGAAUCUCUCUCUUAUGUAUGCAGCCCUGAAUUGCCAGUUAAGGAAAAGCAGCUGCUACAAAUGCUGGAGGAUAGUUUCCAGGGUCUGGAAGUGGAUAGAGUCAGUCUGACGAAAAAAAAAGCUUUUCUUCUCCGUAACAGUCUAAGCAUAUGUGAAUGUCCAAGAACAGAGUUUCUGAAACAAUGGAAAGUGAUAAUUGCAAAAGUUUUCCUUGGCCGCAGUGCUCCAGCUUGCAAUGAUCCCAUCUAUCAAGUCAACUACGCAGAAGCUAAUUCAGUGUUCAGGCCAUGGAAAUGCCUAGAAAGUGAUGCAUCUACUUCUGGCAAUGAAAUGUGGGCUUCCUUGGAACAGAGGAAUUGUGACUGCAGCCAUUGGCAUUGCGAGUGGUUUGUGUUUGACCAUGAGCUGGUCCUGCCAGAAUACAUUGCUGAGUUUGAGUACAUUACACCGUGUCUGUUUUCUACGUGCAAUAUAAUUGUGGAAGAGGGAAAGAGAAGCAUAGAAAGAUUUAUUCUGUCUCAUGAUUUGCAACGUGAUGAUGAAGUUUUGAACAUGGAACCGACAGUAAAGGUCAGGCCUCAGAUUGCUUGCUUAAAUGAAAAUAACACAAUAUUUUCAGUGGCUAAGGCCAAUAUUUAUGCUAGGUUAACAGUUUUGAAUUUGAAUGGGAACAGGCUGAGCAUGCUGCAGGACAUCUCUAGACUUAAAAACCUUCAAAAGCUUAUCAUUAGCUUUAAUGAAUUUACUUCCUUAAAUAAUAUUUAUGACCUGCCGAACAGGGAAUAUUUUGAUGUGAGCCACAACCAUGUGAUCACUUCUGAGGGCAUUAGAGGCUUAAGCAAACUGCAGUUCUUCAAGCUGAGCUGGAACCAGCUGAAAAAGUCCAGGGAAGAUAUAAACAUCUUACAGAAACACACUCCCAACUUACUCAGUCUUGACAUCACACACAACCCAUGGCAUAAGCCAGCCUCAUUUCAGCUGAGUGUCACUGGCCAAUUAAAGGCUCUCACUAACUCAGAUGGAGUCCUGAUUUCUAAUGAAGAAGUUGCAGAAGCAUUACAACAUAUUGCAGGAUCAAAGAUGACCCAGGUUUGAUGUUCUAUCGCUGUCUUAAAUCUGGAUCACCUGCUCUUCAAAAUUUCCAACUUGGAAAAAUUGGAGAAUUUAAGAUGGGUGUCAUUUAGCAACAACAAUCUCACACAAAUAGAAGGAAUAGAGUCUUGUCUUAACCUCGAAGAACUCACUUUAGAUGAAAACUACAUUUCAACACCAAAUGGAAUUUCAAAGCUCACCAAACUUACAAGACAUAGUGUAAACAAUAGCCAUCUUAUCAGCCUCAAAAGACGUGUGUUUGAAAAUCUGUCUUAUCCUCAUUACAUUUCCAUUGUGAACAGCAGAAUCACAUCUUUAGUUGGUUUGAAGAAAACUUACUCCCUAGAGUUAUACAUAAGUAAUAACUUUGUCUAUACCAACCCUGAGAUACAUCAUUUAAAGGGUUUAACUAAUCUGAUAAUUUUGGACAUGAGUAGAAAUUUAAUAGUCUGGAAACAAGAUCACUACCAACUAUUUGUAUUAUUCCAUCUUCCCUCUCUCAAAGCCUUAGAUGGCAUUGCAGUAGAACCAACAGAAGGAGGAAGUGCAAAAGAUUUGUUUGGAGGCAAACUCACCUCUGACAUGAUUGCAGAUAGACUGGGACAUUCAGACUUCACAGAAAUGCAAAAUAUUCGUUUCAGAACAAAUUCGGCCAAAAGCUGUAGAGCUGGUGUAGCAGACCAGUUUAGAAAUGUCUGCAGCGCAAAUUUACAGAACAAUAAUCUCAUGUCUUUCAGUGGUUUAAUCUUCCUUCCUAAUACCAAGGUCACUGAAACUUGGCUGAUGGAUGCAGAAUUUGGAGAAAACCUGCCCCUCAUAAUGCAGAGUUUGGAAGAUUUUCAUCUGGGCUAUAAUGGAAUUACUAACAUGGCCCGGCUACAGCUUAGCAAGCUAAAAAACUUGAAACUUCUGUUUUUGCAGAGAAACUACAUCAGCCAAAUUGAAGGACUUGAAGGUGUCCAAUUUCUGCAGGAGUUGGUAUUGGACCAUAACUGCAUUACAAUGAUUUCACAAGGUUUCCUUGCUAGUCAGAAUGGUCUUUUGACUCUUCAUCUGGAGCAAAACCAAAUACAAGAACUGAACAGUUUACAACCUUUGGUAAAAUCACAGAAACUCUUUCUGGACUUCAACAGAAUUCAAAUACGAUCUGAACUAGAAAAACUUCAAGUUAUUCCCAGUCUUAAGGUGCUCUCAAAACACAGAAAUCCAGGUUCUCUCAAGAAGAACUACUGUUCAUUGCUUGUGUUUCGACUGCCAGUAAAUGCAGAAGAGAGGAUGAGAGCUGACUACCAGCCCCUGGAACAAAUAAGUCUAAGAACCCAGGAACUACAACAAAUAAUCUUUGAAGCAUCCAUGCAGAAAGAGCUCUUAGACAACUUGCAUCAUGUUGCACCUAAAGGUCGCUGCCCUGCUAGCAGUCAGGUUUGUUCAUUGCAGGAGAGCCAGAGGGACCUGAACAAGGACACAGCGGUGUCAGGGAAAACAGUUUGUACCUCUAAGGUGAGCCCAAAGGAGAGAGCAGCACACGUGGAGCGGAUGCAGGCAGAGGAACAACACAAAACGGAUGAGAGCCCCUUAGGAGUGAACUGGUUGUAA